AUGGCAGAGAUGUGCGAUCGAAUUAAAUAUCUUGAACAAAAGAUGAAAACGUUCAAGACCCUUAUUCAAAGUUUAAGUACUUAUCUCGAAGGUACAGCGGUAAAUCCGAUUAAUGCGAAAUUGAGGUUGUCGAACCUGUCAGCCCUUUUUCAGGAUUAUUUUGAACAAUUUGAAGAGCUGUCUGCAUUAGAUCCGGAAAAUCCUUUAGUCCCGGAAUUUGAAACGACUGAAACGAGUUACUAUGACGUAGCCACAAGGGCUACGGAAAUCCAACCUCGCGAACAGCUCCCGCCUCUCGCGAACUCUACGUUAAAUGCUUCAAUGACUGAUCGGCAUUAUUAUCCGAAAUUGCCGGCGGUCGAAAUUCCAACAUUCGAUGGUGAUCCAAAGGAAUGGAUUGCGUUUAAGAAUAAAUUUGUCGCGCUUAUACAUUCGCGAGCAGAUUAUAGCAACUUGAUUAAACAUAGCCGCCUUGAGCAAGCACUCAAGGGCGAGGCCAAAUUAAAACUUAAAAUUUUUACUCCUAGCGAAGAAAAUUAUCCGAAAGCGUGGCAAACGCUGCUUGACGCGUAUGAUUCAAAGCUCGUGUUGAUCACUAAACAUUUAGAUGAAUUUUAUGACCUCCCGUUCGUAGAUCCAAAAAACGUCGCAUCUUCUUUGUCUUCACUCGUUGAUCUCACUAAGCAACAUUUGUUUAUGUUGGAGCGUCUUGACGUCGUCAUCGGAGAGGAGGCGGUUGUUCGGUAUUUGGAGAGGCGUUUACCGAAAUUUAUCAAUUCCAAGUGGCAGGAAACGCUCAAUAUGAAUAGGUAUCCUACCCUACAGGAAUUUUAUGACUUUAGUGCUAAUACGAUCUUUAGACUUCGUUCAAUAGAGCGCGAUGCCGGAGAGAGUGAUAACAGGAAAAGGGCCAGCGACGGCGCGCAGCAGCAGGUAAGCAAGCGCAGUAAAUCGGCUAGGUCGUUCGUCACUUCUGCGUCGCGGGCAACUGAGUCGGCAAAAUCUCCUUUCGCUAAUAAGGCGCCUAGUUAUUCCUCAACAGCAGCUGAUAAAAGGCCAUCGUGUCCAGGCUGCAAGGGUAGUCAUCGACUUUUUAGAUGUCCAGAAUUUCUCAAACUUGACCCUAUUAAGCGAUUUGAAUUCGCAAAGUCAAAAUCCAUUUGUCGGAAUUGUCUCUGGAAUCAUCAAUCCCCUUGCCCCAAUUCCGGGCGGUGCAAAAUUUGCAACAAACCACAUCACACAUUGUUGCAUUUUGAAGACAAAGAGGGUGCGAACUCUGGAAAGGAUGAACAGUCGACUUCCAAGACUGCAUGA